AUGGGAAAGAAACCAUUCCUGUGUGACAUGUGCGGGUGGACCUUUGAGCAGUCACCAGAACUGGUGAGCCACCUCCGCAUGCACACCGGGGAAAGGCCAUUCAAGUGUGAGGUGUGUGAUAAGGCUUUCAGUCAUUCAUCGAGUCUGGUGAAACAUCGGCACGUUCACACAGGGAAAAGGCCAUUCCAAUGCAAGGCUUGUGAAAAGGCCUUUGCACAAGCAUCCACACUGCUCCAACACUGGCAUAUCCACACAGGUGAGAAACCUCUCAAGUGUAAGUUUUGUGACAAAGCAUUCCUGACGCAGUCACACCUCACGGAGCAUUGGCGUACCCACACGGAAGGGAAAGCUUCCAAGUGCGAAGCCUGCAGCAAAGCUUUCCUAACUUCAGUGGGCCUCCUGGAACAUAACUGCAUUCGUAAAUGUGGGAAACUGUCCCAGUGUGACGUUUGCAACAAAGAUUUCUGCAGUUCUGCUUACCUUGUUGGGCACCAGCGUAUCCACACAGAGGAGAGACCGUUCCAGUGUGAGGCUUGUAACAAAGAUUUCUGCAGCUUAUCAUACCUCCGAUCACACCAGCGCAUCCAUACUGAUGGCAGGGCUUUCAGGUGUGAGAUUUGUGACAAACAUUUCUGUAGCUCAGCGUACCUUAUGGUACACCAGUGCAUCGACACAGGGAAGGGACUGUUCAGGUACUAUGAUUGGGUUGAGGGUGCCAUUAAUAAGCUCUGUGCAGAAAUUGCUCUAGCCAGUACAAAGUACACUUUGAAGAUUAUCACCGGUACUGAAAUGUUUGAGCAUAGAAUAGAAUAG